GGAGGUCGACCGUUGGAAAGGAGGAGGGUCGUCUGGAAAAUCCUGUUUUCUUGUUUUUAGACAAAGCAAGUGGCACGCCUAAUAACCAACUCACGUGGUAAAGGCCAGCUGAGGAUUUUUGAGGAAACAAUCCUUUGUUGGCACGCCCGGUGGGACCACUAGCAGCAUGUAUCAACUACAGUUCACAAAUCCUCUGUUCAUACAUUCAGAGGCAUCUGGAGCCAUGCCACCGAGAAAGAGCAAAGAUAAAGAGGUUCAGCCAACCCAGGCUGAACAUGCAGAUGAUAGUCCAGUUUACUCGGAGGGUGAGAAUGAUCCAGUUGUUUCUCCUUUCUUAUCACCCUUCGUGGAGCGAUUCUAUGGGAAUCCAAUUUUCAAAGAAAGGGAUGCAGACCGCAGAGAUGACUUUGCUGAAUCAAGUAAUGUGUUUAGAGGUAUGACUGAGCGUCUGGAUGUAGCAUUCAAAGAAAAGAACCAGGCUAUGCGGAGGUUUGUUGAGAGUCAAGCAGAAUUUUCCAGACGCCAGGAAGAGACAAUUAGACAAUGUAUAGAAGAAAUGAGACGGGUCUUUGAAAAAGGCACUAAGGUGAUGCGAGAAACUGGGGAAGAAAGUCGCAGACCACUGCAGGCUGUUUCAGAACAAGUGGUUGAGCAAGUGCGACAGCCCAGACCUGAGAUCCCUCCUCCAGUCGUUGAGAUGCCCAGACAGAUUCAAGAAGCCCCAAUCCCAGCACUCGGGGGGCAAGGGAAUCAACCUCAUCCCAAUACUCAACAGCAGCAUUUUGUCAUUGGUGAAGGGCAAAGACAACACCAAUUGAUGGAGGCUGUUACUCCUGUUGUAGACCACGGCCAUCAACCUCAGCAUAAGUAUAUUCUGCCAGCUAGGAAGGGAAAUGUGGGUCCUCAUCAUCAACCUUGUCCAAGGGACUUUUUCCAGCCACAAGUUCCUCUAGCCCAGACGGUACGGCGUGGUCUGCAGAAUCAACCAGCUCAAUUCUUCAAUAGAGACUAUGGGCCAGCCUUGAGGCCAUUGAAAAAGAUUGAUAAGGAUACAUUGAGAUUUCCAGACAAAGCGAAGGAGACCAUGGGAGUGGAUGCAGACCCUUUUCCAGCUGUGUCUGUCGGCGUGAAUGUUGCAGACCUCAGGAGUGUUGCCAGAAAUCGCAGUCUGCCUUAUUCUCAGAGGAACCUUGCUGCAGAAGACUUAAGGUGGGUUCUUGAGGCACAGAGAUCCAGACAUAGCAGGAGCGUUAGGUGCCAGACGUUAUUCAACUGGUACUAGAUCUCCAAGGAUGGUCAAACCGCCACUCAGGUCACCUU